GAUGCUUUUCUAAUCAUGUUCCAGGCUCCAAACACCCUUAAUGUGUACAUAAACAACGCACUCGCUGCUUUCAGGAUAGACUCAGAGCCUCUGGACUGGAGACACACCUGUGUGGCCUGGGCCUCCGACACUGGAUUGGUCCAACUCUGGGUCAAUGGGAAACUCUACCUUGGAGGACCUACCAUGAUAGGGUCUUCUAUUGCAGCUGAAAUCAGCAUUAUAGUUGGACAGGAACAAGAUUCCUAUGGUGGAGGGUUUGAUGCUAAGCAGUCAUUGGUUGGUGAAAUAAGUGAUGUCCACAUGUGGGACUAUGCCCUGACACAAGAAGACAUCCAAAAAGUCGUCUCUGGUGAUCUCCAUGGAAAUGUCAUUAAUUGGAAGUCGCUACUCUAUGAAAUGAAAGGGGACGUUCUUCUCCUGCCUAAAAAUUUGCACUUGGAGAGUAAAGUCUUCGUCUUCCCCAAAGAAACCAGCACAGCUCAUGUCAUUCUAAGACCUGAAAUUACAAGACCAUUGCAGGAAGUCAGCGUCUGUCUACGUUCCUAUACUGACCUUUCCCGCCCCUAUACUCCCUUCUCUCUUGCUACUCCCGGGAAGGACAACGCCUUUCUCAUCUACCUACAGCCCCCAAAAACUUGUUCUGUAUAUAUUAACCAGGAAGUCACUCAUUUUAAGACAGACUCGGAGUCUUUGGACUGGAGGCACAUCUGUGUGACCUGGGACUCCAACACUGGAGUGGUCCAACUUUGGGUCAAUGGGAAACUCUACCCCAGAAGAGUCUCCAUGAAAGGGUCUUCUAUCGCACCUAAGACCAGCAUUGUCCUGGGGCAGGAACAAGAUUGUUUUGGUGGAGGGUUUUGAUGUUUCUCAGUCAUUGGUUGGUGAAAUAAGUGAUGUCCACAUGUGGGAUUAUGUCCUGACACCAGGAAAUGUACAGAAGGUCAUCUCUGGUGGUCUCCUUGGAAAUGUCAUUAAUUGGAAUUCUCUAGUCUAUGAUAUCAACUGGGAAGUUCUCAUCCAGCCAAAACCUUAAUG